AUGGCCAAGGCCGCGAAGUUGAUGGAGGCGCAGAGGGACCGACCGCCUCAACCGAUCGCGCGGGAGAGGAUCCGAUCGUGCCCUAGGCCGUUGGGGGAAAAAGACUUAAGCAGCUUUGAGCUGCGGCCGCCGCCUGUAGACCCUGUAAAAGAACAGGCCAGAAAGGGGGUGGAGGCUCUAAAAAAGAAGAAGAAGAAGAAGAGGAGUGCCCUAGAGGAAGCUGCAGAGGAGUGUGGGGCCAAGAGGGCGAAGGUGGCCCCAACGGGGGUGGAGGUCCCUGUGGCAAAGGACGCCCCGGAGGUGGUGGAGAUCAUCCCAACGGUGGAGGUUGUGGAGAUUGCUCCAUCAGUGCAAGUGGAGGCUGGGGUGAGUGAGGCGGCGCCGAGCGGAAGGGAACAGGUCCAGAAGAGGCCUGACCCCCAGGAAGGAGGGGUUCGUCUGGCUACGGCGAUUUAUCAUGCGCGCGCGGUAGCUGGAAGGAAGGCUGAGGAGGCCAGGGCCCAGUUGGCCAAAUUAAGGAAGGACAGUGCCGACUGGAAGACUGCCCAUGCCGAUCUGCCAGCAGUCAAGUUGGAACUGGAGGACACGCGCCGUAAGGUUGUGUCGCUUGAGUUCCAACUGGCUGGUGAACAGAAAAAGUUGGAAGAGUCUGAGAGGGCCUGCGCCGUGGCAAUCGAGCGGCACGAAGAGGCUAUGACCAGCAAUGAAGAGCUGGUCAGGCAAAAGGAUGAAGCGGACUUCAGAAUUGGAGAUCUGUUGAAGGAGUUGGGGGAGGAGCGUGCCAGAGCAGAGGAGGAGAAGGGGAGGCUUCUGAGGGAGUGGGAGAUGGAGAAGGCGAAGGCGGCGGCGGAGCUGGAGAGUCUGAGGAAGGGGGUGGAAGAGGAGAGGGCGACGGCGGCUGCUGAAAGGGGGGCCCUGCAAAGGGAGCUGGACGAGGAGAGGGCGAAGGCGGCGUCUGAGAAGGAGGCCUACCCUGAUCUGUGCGUUGCAGCAGUGGAGCAAUAUAAAGGGUCCCCCGAAUUUCAGAUGGUGGUGGAUGCUGCUGUCGCCAGGAGUCUGGCUGGUCAAGAGUCUGGGGGGGGGGGCCCAUCAAGGAAGACUGCUGGAGGUGAAGAUGAUGUGGCCCAGACCCCCCUGGACGAAGGCGUUGAAGAAGAGGAUCUGGCAUCUAGCGAGGAGGAGUAG